AUGGACCGGCAGCAGGCGGCCUUGAUCAUGUUCUACUACGCGAACAGGUGGUUCUCCCUUUGGAUCACCAUCGUCUCAACAUUGGUUGUCUUCGCGAGCGCUGUCUUUGCCGUUGUUUCCGUCGAACGGCUCUCCCCCUCGACUGUUGCUCUUGCCGUAUCGACGAUCCUCGCCAUUAUGCAGGAGGUUGCGCUCAUGAUGACCAAACUUGGCUACCUGCAAACACAGCUGGUGGACGCGGAGCGGCUCAAACAAUAUCUCAGCCUUCCACUGGAAAAGGACGUUCAAUCGCAACGCGAUCUCAAAGAGUGGCCCCAAAACGGCAGAAUUGAGUUCCAGAAUGUCAAUAUGCGUUACCGGGAGGGCAUGGACCUCGUUUUGAAGAACCUCACAUUUGCUAUUGACGGUGGACAGAAAGUGGGGAUUGUUGGUCGUACUGGAGCAGGAAAGUCUUCCCUAGCCCUUGCUCUGCUACGUAUGGUCGAGAUAUCAAAGUCCGAUUUCAAUCAAGCUGAUGUUGAGGGUACGGAUGGCUUCAUAAAGAUUGAUGACGUUGACAUUGCCAGCGUGGAUUUGGCGACUCUUCGCGAACGCUUGUCCAUCAUUCCACAAGAAGCGUUCAUGUUUACCGGCACCCUGCGGGAAAAUCUCAACCCAUUCAGCAAAGCCACCGAUCAGGAGCUGUGGUCCGCCCUGGAGAAAGUGGGAUUGAAAUCUCUGGUGAAGGAAAUGGAUGGAGGGUUGGAUGCCACUGUUACUGAAGCCGGCGACAAUUUCUCGGUGGGACAAAAGCAACUUGUUUGCCUGACCCGUGCAAUCCUGCGCAACUCCAAAGUCAUCAUACUCGACGAAGCUACCGCAUCCGUCGACAACGACACAGACGCCCUCAUACAAGAAACCUUGAAAACCGAGUUUGGAGACUGCACCGUGGUCACGAUUGCUCAUCGGGUGAACACGAUCAUGUCUUACGACAAGAUCAUCGUCAUGGAUGCUGGCCGUGUGGUCGAGAUUGGCGCUCCCGGUGACUUAUUGGCGGAUUCUACCUCCCAUUUCUUUGGGCUCGUGCAUAAUUCUGGACAGCAAUAG